CUGUCAGCUGGUCGCUGCGACUCUCAGCUACGUCAACUAACAUGCUAUCCAACAAGAGAACAGCAAGUUCACUUGGACCAGUGACUCCCAACAGCUUGAACCAUGAGUAAACCGAGAACUCGGACUCCUCGGCAAGAAGUUGACAAACGAUAACCAAGAGUCAGCCGCCACCGCGUCUCCUUGGCGAGCCUGAUGAACGCGAGAGCUUUAUUGUUCUAGCUUGCUGGCUAACAUUAGCUAUUUGUCUGGUGAGUUGCCGACAUGGCUGCUGGAGAGAUGUCCUCACGGUACACGUAUCGGCGCCCGCCGUCGAGCAUAAAGCAGGAGCAGGAGGACGACUCGGACUCGGAGAGCCAGCUGCUGGCCCCGAAGAGGCUGGACGGGCUGGAGUCGCAGAUCAUCCACAGCGGACACUUCAUGGUGUCAUCGCCCCACAUCGAGCACCCUCCGAAGAAAGGCUACGACUUCGAUACUGUCAACACACAGACCUGUCAGACUUAUCGUUUUGGCAAUCUGAGGAUGUCACAUCUCUCCAUAGAUGCGUCUCUGACCAAACUCUUUGAGUGCAUGACUCUUGCGUACAGUGGUAAUUUGGUGUCUCCUAAAUGGAAGAACUUCCGAGGUCUAAAACUGCUUUGGAGAGACAAGAUCCGCCUCAACAACGCCAUAUGGAGGGCUUGGUAUAUGCAGUAUGUGGAGAAAAGGGAGAAUCCUGUUUGUCACUUUGCAACUCCUCUGGAUGGAAGCAUGGAUGUAGACGUCCAUCGUCCUGCAGAGGUCAGUGCCACAGAUGGAAUAUGCUGGAAAAGACGAAUUGAAAUUGUCAUCAGAGAAUACCACAAGUGGAGAGCAUACUUUAAAAAAAGGUUACAAAAGCACCAGGAUGAUGACCUCUCAAGCUUGCUUAAGGGACCAGAGGAGCAGUUAUUGCUGUUUGGGGAAGUCUCUCCAGAGAUGCUCCGUGUCUGCUUUUAUCAGGAUGACGAGACAGCUGUGCGCCGCCUGCCUCGCAGGCAUAAUGAAACCCCUGCCCCGAUGGAGAUGGACCCUCUCUUCGACAUGGACGUUCUGAUGUCUGAGUUUUCAGACACGUUGUUCUCCACGUUGGCCUCGCACCAACCCAUAGCCUGGCCUAAUCCAAGGGAGAUUGCACAUGCAGGGAACGCAGACAUGAUCCAACCAGGACUCAUCCCGUUACAACCCAACCUAGACUUCAUGGACUCUUUUGAUCCACUGCAAGACUUAUUUCACAGCCUCCGUCAGCCUGCCUUCCCCUCUGUUUUACCCACUGCUCCAUCAGUCACCCCUCAACCCAGCAGCCGCUCACAGUCACAGGCUGAGUUAAUGUCCUCCAUGCUCGCAAGCAACAACAGCUCCGCUCCUGGCCCCCUGCCCAUCUCCUCUCCCAUAGCCGCUCAAACCAGUCGAACAUCCGGUGGUAGAGAUGAUGCUAUCUUUGUACAAAACUACAUGCCUCUGUUUUCUGGGCACGUGGUGCCAAGAGAUCAAGCAGCCGUCUCCUCAGUUUCUCGGCCAUUAUCCCAUGAUCCUCUGGCACAGUGUCUUCCUGGUCAGGACAUGGCCUCAGCAGCACCUAUGGUUGCAUCGCCCUUGGACAACAUCCCAGCGCUGGAUGAGACCGUCGAACCAUCUGCGAUUACACACGAGACCUCCUCGACGGUUAAACCCAGCGAUGCAGGAACCAACUUCAGCCACGCCUCAGACUAUAGCUCCAUAUCCCCACAGCCUCCACCUCCUCCUUCUCAGCUUCAGCCCUUGGCUCCAUUAACUGCCUCGUCUGUCCAACACCCUCAAACAUUUGCCCUGCCACGCCCCCCCUUUCAGGCAUCCAGUGCCAACAAAAGCCGCCCUGUGAAAAGGAUUGCUCCUGCUAACACCCUCUCCUCCUCCCACCUCAUUCUCACAGCCCCUUUCCCAUGUCAUGCUAGUGCUGUAAUUGUUACACCAUCGCCUCUGAAAGGAGAUGUGGUCCGUAAUACUGGAGUGGUCAUCACUCCUCAACUUGGAGGGACACAGAAGUCUCCCCAGCCGAUUGUCCCCAAAGAAACUUCUUCCAGCCGCGACAGUCCAAAAGCCCCCUCCAGUGUCGGUCACAGUCAGCCAGGAUCAAGUGAAGGAUCCCCACAUGGGUUAGAUCAAGUUCCUAGUCCCCAGUCACUGAUCAGCAGCACUACACCUCUGGUAAAGAACGAACAAAAUCAGAGCCGGAGGUCAGCAUUCAUAUCUGCGGAGCAAAAGAGACGAUCAAACAUAAACAUUGGCUUUAAAACACUCUGCAACAUGGUUCCCACUCUGAAGUCCCAAUCAAAUAUCAGUAGUGCAGUCACGUUGCAGAAGACGUUGGAUCACAUUUGGAAGCUGCAACAGGAGAGGCAGCAGAUGCUGGAAGAGGUCAAGAGGCUACGAGAGGAGAUUGAGGAGAUCAACACCUCCAUUAGCUUGUGUCAGAAGCAGCUGCCGGUAACGGGGGUCCCGAUCAGGCGAAAUCAGUUUGUCCACAUGCAGGAGAAGUUCAAUGAAUAUGUGAAGAACCGCACCCUUCAGAACUGGAAGUUCUGGAUUUUCAGCAUCAUCAUCAAGCCUCUCUUUGAGUCUUUCAAUGGGAUGGUGUUGACCACAAGCAGGGCAGAGCUGUGUCAGACCACAAUGCAAUGGCUCGAUCGUCACUGCUCCCUUCCAGCCCUCCGACCCAUGGUGCUGAGUACCCUCCGCCAGCUGAGCACCACCACGUCCAUACUCAGUGAUCCGUCCCUGCUGUCUGAAGAAGCCAUCCAGGCCGUCACGCACACAGACGGGUGGUCUUUCUCUCUGAGGUGAUGAGGGGACCCAAAAAACACCUGAAUCUUUUAACAGCAAUCAUCAAAAGGACAUAUAACCAGCUUAUCUUAUAGACAUUCAGCAAGGUCGCCACGUCUUCCACCGAUACAUGACCUCCAUGAAAAAUAUGUAUAAUUUUAAAUGCAAGCUAGAUCUGGCUUACUUUUACUCUGUAUGUGCAAUUAUGGGGAAUGAUGCACACAGGGAGGCCCAUCUUUGGCAUUACAUUUAUAGCAAUUGUGGCUUUUAUAUAUUUAUUAAAUGACAGCAGCUACUACUAUCAUCACUGGCUUCAGGUAAAGAGUUUCUACAUAUUUUAGUUGAUGGUGGUACUGGUUGUUUGUUUUUUGAACAACAUAUAUCAAAAGUUGAGUCACUUUUAUAAUGGACAAAAACACAACAUUGUGUUUUAAAAAGGGAAGUAUUGUGUGGCUGUUCAUUGUAUGUACUCACUCAGUUGUAACAGGUGUAUGGACUGGAUGCUUUUUCACAAGGAGAUGAAUGUGGGAUUCUUCAGGACUCGCUGGAAGUAUAGUUUGUGUUUUUAGAAGCUCUGAAACCUCCCAGAAAGGUUUCCCAUCAGAAUGCCUCUGCUCGUCUGAAACAUGGUCACUCAUUUACUCAAGUGAAUGUUGUUUAGACUGUUAACAACAGUGGGUUCUUGGUGGGUUCCCACCCAUGAUGAACAUUUCUACAAUCCACUCCUUCUUUGCUUGCUCUGCACAUUUCCAGCAAGUUCAACUGCUAAUUGUACAAGAAAGCAGCCAUCUUCAAUACAUUAUGUUGCACACAUGAACUUCUACUGGGCAGGUCACAGCAUAAUGAGGAGAUGUUACUUACAGCCCUCAUAGGGAGCAUAACUGAAAUUGCAGUACAGAUUAUUUAUAUACUUCAGUAAAUAUACAUGUACAGUGUUUCAAGAUCUUCUCUGAAUGCACAGUAGUCGAAGGCGUCUUCCUGUUCUUUGUUGUCACUCAGGGAUGUGCUGGUCAAUGUAUUUGUUUUUCAUUCAGCUUUGAACAAAUCCAGUCAGGGUCCUUUUCAGCAGGAACACAUGUCUGUUUAAGGGUACGGGUUACAUCACAGGGUGUGAUUUACCUGUUGUUUGUUCCCUCUCCUAAUUACACUAUUUUAUAAGGUGUGCUAAUAACAGACAGGAGACAACAAUCAGUAUGCCGUGUGAAAAGUUACAGUCCAUAGAAACGGAGAAAGGGUCACAUGAAAGAGGAGUCACCCGUCCAUUCAGGUCAUUGUUUGUGUUCCUGAGAUCACAUUUGACAGAGCGCUCUGUUGACUGAUGAGAAUUAGACAAUGUACAGAAUUAGUUGGCACGUCUGAGUACAGCCUUAACGUCAAAGUGCCCUUACUCAUGACCGCUGCAGGCUAAUUAGUCUUCUCUUUUUGCUGUUAUUUGUGGUUCAGCACUCCUCAGGCAGACAUUGAUUUUGUGAUUUGUGUUUUUAUUUUUCUGCAAAACAACUCAGUUUACUAUGAGUUUGAGUUGUUUGAUAGCAAAUGGAACCACAGUUCGUAUAUGAUGAAUAUGCACUUUUUUUUGCGUUUGAUUGUGAAUUGCAUAUCGUUUUAAUAGUCCUUUUUUUACAAGAAAGACGUAAUUUACCUGUUGAUGUAAAUAUGGCUCAAUUUACAGUUAUACAGGAGAAGCAGUCAUCAAAUUAUGACAGGAAGCCCCAAUGUUACAAAUGUGUAACUUUUUUUCUCAUUCUGAUUUUAAAAUGUUUGUAAUACCAGGUUUCUGUGAGAGGGAGUGUGUGCCUGCUUAUGUACAGUACACCAUUACCGAUUGGAUUUGCAUUUUUUUGGUUCUCCUUUGUUUUUUUGUUUUAUUUAAUUUGUUUUAAGAUGUAAAUAUAUUUUAUAUGCGCAUCUGAGUGUUUUUUUGUUCACUUCCAAAGUUGAUUAAACACAUUUCAAGAUGCCUUCAAUUAUAUUGAAUCACAAUAAAAGAAACACAAAUU